AUGCCGGCGCAGCUGCGGAGUGCAAGCGCAGUGCUGGAAUGUUGGCUGGCCGGCAAUCGUGUCAACACGUCCGUGUGCAAUGUGCUGCAGGUGGUGUGGGGCAAAGAGAUGGGGAAGGUGGUGAAAGCAGCGGCGCGGAGGAAUGAUGCGGAGGCAGUGAAGAUGGUGAGCGGCUUUGUGUUCAGGGACUUCGGCUGUGAGCAGCGACGGUUGGCAGCUGUGUCUAGGUGGCAUAUUGUGGCGGUGGCUGAUCAGUUGUCAGAAGCGAUGGAUGUGACACCAGUUCCGCAGAACGAUGGUCCCAGCCCACUGGCCGUCAUCAGGUAUCCACCUGGUUUCGAGGAGGUGCAUGGCUACUUCCGCGCCAUCCAGCAGCGGAAUGAGACCAGCCAACGGGCUUUGCAGCUCACGGCGCAUGUCAUCGAACACAACUCCGCCAACUACACCGCAUGGUACUACCGUAGGAGAUGCCUGAAGGAGCUAGCCAUCGAGUUGGAUGAUGAGCGGGAAUUCACAGACAAGUGGGCCAGAGACUGUCCAAAAAAUUACCAGGUUUGGUAUCACCGGCGCUGGUUGAUUUCAGAGAUCGCAGCCCGAAAGCGCGGCGAACGCGGACCGGAAGCAGAAGAGGAGAUCCUGGCGAUGGCGCGAGAGGAGUUAGGAUAUCACUUGGAGUGCAUGCAGGUCAACAACGACUACAAGAAUUACAAUGGCUGGUCUCACCGCCAAUUCAUCUUGCAGCAGUUCGACUUGUGGCAGGAAGAACUCCCUUUUGUGGAGAAACUUCUGCAGGAAGACAUCCGCAACAACUCCGCAUGGAAUCACAGGUACACGGUGGUCCGCAAUCAAUGUUCACCUUUGACAGAUGCAGUGCGGACCCGUGAGAUCCAGUUUGCUAUGGACUCCAUCCGCAAGUGCGCCAACAAUGAGUGCGCUUGGAACUACUUAGCUGCCUACCUCGGUAAGGGAAGCGACAAGGUUCCUUGGACCUCGAUGCCCGAAGUCGAGGCGCUGUGUGGCGAGGUCUUGGAAGUGGCCAAAGCACAGGGCGAGUUCUGCCGCUUCGCUGCGCAAACCAUGGCGGAGAUUUACGAGGCCAAAGGCGAUGUUCCGAGCGCGCUGGCCCAGUACGAGCACCUGCAGGGCGAGGACCGCAUCCGCGAGAAGUACUGGUGCUGGCAGGCUGCACUGGGCUUAAGGGGCUCAGUUGUGGGGUUGGCCGCUGGGCGCGCUUUUGCCACCAUGCCCAGCCGGGGCAUGGCCUCCUCCCAAGCCAUUUCAGUUGGAGGUUCAGCCCUGGGCGCCUCACGCGGUGCUCAUCCCACAGUGCGCUUGGAUUCUUUCCUGAAGUCCACGGAUCCCUGCUAUCAACAUGCUGAGGCACCGACGCAGGGCGACCGGUUCAUUCGCAAGAUGGCCACUUACGGUCAGAUCCGACCCUCGGUGAGCUUUGUCAGCGAAGCCCGCGCAGUGCGCCCCAUGAAGGAGCAUGCGGCUCUGGACAUGUCCACCCUACCGAAUCCGUUGAUGGACCCCAGAGGCGACCCGCGGGAAGGGACCUUCGAGAUCCCUGCGCCGCCGCCGGAAGUGGAUGACUCCUUCAUCAAGAUGUAUCAAAACCAUAGCUUGAUGCUCCCCUCGGAGCGUUACAAAGAGCAUCUGAAGAUGAAAGCUGGUGAGCAGAAGUGGCGUGAGGAGCGGGACGCAGUCUUCCGCUACCGCAAGCGCAUGCAGGUGCUCGAACGGAAGCAUGCUGAGGGCAUUCUGGGCAUUGAUGGUCCGACACAUCCAGACUCCAUCCUCUACAAAGAACGCUAUGAGCACUUUGCCACUGAGGCCCAACGGAAAGCGGUGAACGCGGAAAACCGCUUCACUCUUCUGCAAGACAAGACCUAUUCAGAUGAUGCCGUGGCCAUGCGUGAUUUCGGCUCUGACCCUGGGCUGGGACGUUCCAAGGACAUUUGCAUCCAGCGCAAAUGCAUCGAUCCGGAACAGCAUCCCUUUCGUUUCCUGGACACUCACUCGCGCUUGUUUCCCAAGUACUCUCCAACCUGGGAUCCCGAACGCGCUGCAGCACUUCGGAGCCAUGAAGUCAGAGACCGUUGUCACAACAUCAUCAAUGGCGCUGACAACACCUUGCAAUACGAGGUGGCCAAACCUUGGGAAGAGGUGCAGCAACAAGCUGUUGCCCGCAGGAUUGCUGAAGCAGCAAAGACGGCCACACGGUUGCUUCAAGAUAUUCAAUUUUGUUUGCAAAAGAAAAUCUUCACAACUUCAGCCUCGCUGCAGUUCGCUCAAGCCAUGAAGGGCUGGGGGAGCCGCAACCGCGGCGUGCCGCCCGCCAAGGGCUCUGUUGGAAAAUUCGCUGGGGGCAAAGCUGCCAGCAAGGUGCCUGCCGCGGGCAAAGCAGCCGCAAAAGUGCCCGCGGGCAAGGGGGCUGCGGGCAAAGCGGCAUCAGCGGGUGCAGCUCAUGAGCGCUUGCGGGUGAAGUGUGGCCGGGUAAUCGGGAAGGUGGUGCGAUGGAGAGGCCAGGAAGGAUGGAUCAGACCGGAGAGUGCCAUCGAUCAUCCCUUCAAGCUGAAGAACAACGGAGAGGUCUUCAUUGCAAAAGCGGAUGUGGGUGCCGGCCAGCAACUUCAACCAGGUGCUCGGGUGGAUUUCUUGGUCUAUUCCAUCAAGGAAGGCGGUGGACGUUUGGGUGCCGACUUUUGCCGCCUCCUUCCCAAGGAGGGCGCCACUGCUGGCGCGGCUAGCAGGGCCAGCUCCGCUGGCGCCAUCCCAGGUGUGGGGAAGUUGUCGCCCUUGGCAAAGGUGCGGGGCAGUGUGGGCACCACCAGUUCCAAGCUGAUGGCAGCCGCUGCGGCCAAGCUGAAGUCAGUGGCCAAGGAGGGAUCGAAGGAUUCCGAUCAAGCCAAGGGAGCCAAGGGUGCCAAGGGCAGCUCGAAGGGAAGCGAGGCUCCAAGGCAGGUGAUCAUGAAGGCCGCACCAAAGUCCAAAGGAUCCAAAACAUCCCAGGUAGGGCCCCAAGGGGUGCAGAAAACUCACCUGAAAUUUGUGAAAUCCACGAAGAAAGCGCAUGAGGAUGGCAAGGGCCAUGGCAAGGGUGGGCAUGGCAGCUUCGGUGACAAGGAGCGUACCGUGGUGGCUCACAUCCCGCGCCUGGGAACCAUCACCAAGUGGCGGGGAAACUACGGCUGGAUCGAGGCGGAUAAGGCCGUGGACCAUCCACAAGCAGCUCGGAAUCAUGGCCGGAUCUUCCUACACAUCAAGGAUUUUGAGGGAGAAGCAGUGAAGGAGGGAAUCAGAGUCACUUUUUCAGUGUAUGCGGAUGGAAGUGGCUUGGGUGCCAUGAAUUGCAAGCCCACCCAACGAUCUGGUGAGUCAGGCACUGGCAAGGUCAUUGCUCCCAAAGCGCGGCCAAUGACCAAGGCGUUGAGGUCGGAGGGCCCAAAGGAACCCAGUUUGCCGCCCUUCUGGGAGAAGCACUUCUCGGAGCAGCACAAAAUGCCCUACUUCUGGAACUCCAAGACCAAGGAAUCGAAAUGGACGAAGCCAUCCAAAUGAAUGAAGAGGGCGCUAAGUCCCUGCUGGUGCUUGGUUGACUUGGGCCUGCCCACUGUUUGUCAUUGAUUUUCGGUAUGUUAUGUUGACAUGUUGUGGUAAAUACCAUUUUUUGGCUUGCAACGGAGCAAUUUGCUGAUGACAAAGGUUCUUGACAUUUGACAGGCUCCAGAUGAUGUGGAAAAGACAUGGGCAAGGAGAUGCCCAGACUAUACAAGACUAUCAUCCUUUAACGGAGGAAAAAAAAU